CUGUGUUGGAUAAGAGCCUGGAAAGGGAGAAGGUUAUAAAGUCAUGAUUUAUUCACUUAGGGAAAAAGAGGGCAAGGCAUUUGAGGAAAUUGUGAUCUCAUUUCCUUGUAGUUUCUGAUCCAUUUGACUUUUUGACGUUUGCCCUCACCUUUCCACUCUUCAUCUGUUCCCAGUUCAGACUACUGGCUAUAGCACUUGAAAGCACCGUCAUCGUUCUGCCAAUGUUAACCUCAAAUAAUUCUUGAUCAUGUUUUCUCUUUUCCCAUAUCCAAUUAUUUUCAACAAGUAGACUGAAUAGGUAUUUUAUAACUAGGUAUUGUAUGUUAUAAAUGGUACUCAGAGAAAGCCUCUCAGACUGGUCCUACAACGUAAUCUCCAGGAGAAAAAUGACCUGCAUUUUCCCGAGUUUAGAAUGGUGCCCGGAAAAUAGUAGAGGUCCAAUAUUAGUUGAAUUAAUAAAUGAUAAUAAAUUAAGCUCCCCACAUUAUGUAAGUAAGCAGGCACAAUUUUGUUUUUAUGACAUAAUCCAGGGUGGCCUGAGAAUCACUACGUAGCCUAGGUGGACUCAAACUUCGAGCCCCGUAUGCUCCACCACACCCUGCUACGAAGGAAUAUUAAAUACUGCGAAGCUGCAAACCUUUAGUAGCCUAGGCGUUUAACAGAGUUCGCCGAAUGACUAAUCAAUCACGACUUUGUGGCAGGUGAAUUUUAGAGGGCAGGCCCCCUUAUCGCCCAACCAGCCCCGCUGGCUGUCCGUAGUGGUCAGCUAAAGCCGGGUCUACACCGAUAUUCAAGCGCCCCGGGAAACCCUAAAAACCCAACCUGAGCGAGAUUCCCCGUCCCAGACCUGCCUGUCCCGCCCGCCAGCUUCCUAUUGGCUUCUAUUGGCUGCCUCGCGCGAAGCCGGCCCUUGGGAAGGAGAAGAAGCGAGCUUCCAAGGCCUGCGGGAAUCGCUAUAACUGCCUGACGUCAUCCAACGCCCAAUCAGAAGGAGCAGUCUUCAGUUUUGUCCAAUGAGAUCGGGCUCGGGUCACGGCCCGCGGAGUUUAAUUUUCCGUCCAGGAACGCGGAAGUGGCGAGCCCGUCCGGAGGCCGCAAGGCUGUCAGAGUUGGUGUGGAAAGUCGGGCUGCCCUUCCCGCGGAAUCACCCAGGCUGAGUGCAGUGCUCCAGGGCGGAUCCCCGGACGGCCCAGGUCCUUCGCGCCUGUGACUCACAGGCCAUGCAUGGGCAGGUUCAGUGUUGACUUCUGCACGCUUCCUCAUUAGCACUCGCCACGCUGAAAUUCUUCGCUCGAGGGUGCGAAUUCGGAGCCUCGCUUCUAUAACGCCCGCCGCUUCCUGAUCCCGUGGUUGCCCGAGGCUCGACUCUGGAGGAGGAGUAAUAUUUUCAAAAAAUUUCAACAAGGUGCGAAGAAGCUGAUGAUGUUUCCUUAAAUUUGCUUCACCAAUGUCUCUCCUGUUGAGUAUCUUAAGAGGAAUGCUGGCGUAUUUGGGUUUUCCCAUAGAUCAGGUUUUGCUGAGUUGGAAAAAUAAGGACUAUGGAUCGCAUCGGAGUAUUGUCCGUAUUAUUGGAAAAAUGCUUCCUUUAGAACCCUGUCGAAGACCUAGUUUUGAAUUGAUCCCGCCCUUGAACUCUAUAGAGUCUGAUAAUUGUGGACCUAUAGUUCCAUCUUUUGCUGAUAUUUUGUCUGUGGCAAAUGAUGAAGAAGCCAGUUGCCUUAGAUUUCGAAGUAGCACCUGGAAAAGUGAAAAAGAGGAGAAAAUUAAAACUUUCCAUCCUUCACAAAUAGUUUGGAAUCCACUGUCAUCUGCUCGCAGACAGAACAGACCAGUGAAGAAUGGUCUGCCUGUAGAUGAAGCUGCAAUUAAAAAGAUAUCUGCCCUUGAAAAUGAACUAAGUCUUCUUCGCGCUCAGAUUGCUGCAAUUGUGGAAAUACAGGAGCGGAGAAAUGGCACAAACUCUGGCUUUUCAGAUUUGAAUGAUGUUCCCAGCAGUGCGGGACAGAUUCCUUCAUCAGGGGCGGCUCAGCCAUGUGUGGAACCAGAUCCGAGCUCAGUGUCUUCUCCUCCUCCUCCACCACCCCUUCCCCCUCAGUUUCCUCCUUUCCCGCCUCCACAUUUUCUUCCCUCACAACCAGAAUCUGCAGUUGGUGACUCAGAUAAUCCAGCUACUGAAAUGCAAAAGCAGCACCCAGGUGCUAGUAAGAUGAAUUAUAGUCAUCAUUCAAAAAGCUGGAGAAAGAAAGAUGUUCCGAGUAUGUCAGAUGUUCUAAAGGAUCUGAAUAAGGUCAAGCUUCGCGCUAUUGAGCGGUCACCCGGCGGUAGACCCAUUCAUAAGAGGAAAAGACAGAGUUCACAAUGGGAUCCAGUGUCUGUAAUAUCACAGGCACUGAAGCAAAAAUUUGCAUUUCAAGCGGAUGAUUCCUUUGACAAAGAAAAUAGAUCUUGGGAGUCUUCUCCAUUUUCUAGUCCAGAAACUUCAAGGUUUGGACAUCACAUUUCACAGGCGGAGGGACAGUGAUCAAGGGGAAGAACUGAUAAGCACAGAGUUGUUGACCAAGGUCUCAAAAGCUGUGUCUACACUUGGAAGGAAAGAUGCAGAAACAUUCUGGCCAGCCUUUUGCACCUUUCAAAGGAUCACAUCUUCUGUUAAGUGAGGUUGAAUGAUGCUGUGGACUGAGAGAUAUCUGUGGUCAGCUUGAGGGAGACUGUUUUGGGAAAAGUUAAAAAAGAAAACCAGUUUCUGGCUUUGGAAGAUCCAGUAGUUAACUGACCCGUAAUCCUUGUAUUUUAGUAUCACUGAAAGCUGAAUAUAUACUUCAGUGAUUUUCUUGAGCAAUUAUGACUUCCUUAUUUAAGAAUCUUUUAAAUCUUUUAAAUGGUUUAUUUGGCUUCCAAAAACUUGAUUUUCAGAGGAUAAGAAUAUAAUUUUUCAGGCCGGGGAUUUAGCUCAGUGGUUCCACUGUUUGCUUCACAAGAGCAAGGGCUUGAGUUUGAUCCCCGGUCAAAAAAUAAAUAAAAAAGAUGAUAAUUUUUCAUUAAGAUAGUCAUUGUUUUAACCAUAUAUGGAUAAACAUUCUAAAACCUAUUCCUGAGGUAAUAGUCUUAGAAUUUGACUUUCAAGUGCUAUAAAGGUGUUGUCCAUAUUUGCUGUAUAAAUACAUG